CAGCCAUCUUUGAGCCAUCCUGACUCUUUAAGAUGUAUUGAAAAAAAUUGUCAGAAAAGAGAAGAUUACAGAGACUUCAUAUUGAAAACCACUUAUUUACUGAGACCAAACGAUAGUUCCCUUCCGAAGUUCACUUUCACAACUUUAAAUCCGUAUUUCGAAUCCGUAAUUCUUCAGCAAAAUUUCGAAUAUGAUCUCUCACGCAUGUUUUCGCCAGUUAAAGAGAAGAAGAGGUACACGAUUCAGCAGUUGAUGGAAGAAGCACCUGAGAUUGACUGGCUUAAAUAUUUUAAUGGAGUACUCAGUGAUAAAAUCUACGGAAACGAAAGCUUAAUUAUUAAUGAUAUUGAUUACAUCAAAAAAUUCGCUAGGUCCAUCGAGACGGAAGACAAGAGGGAAGUGUCCAAUUAUAUGUUUUGGAGAGUCAUUGAGGAAUCAUUGCCUCUAUUGUCGAAGGAGUGGAGGACCAUUUACCAAAACAACUUGAUAGGCACCAACCAGAAGUCCAUGAAGACCAGCCUCGCUGGAAACAAUGCCUUGAUUUCGUUAUGGAUAACUUUGAUAUCGCUUUUAAUACUUAUUAUCAGCGACGGUACUUUGAGAGUCACUUUGUUCAUGACAUAAAAUAUAUGUUUGAUUAUAUACAAUACAUUGUGAGAAGAGACCUAAUGAAGAACACGUGGAAAGACCUUGCAAGUGAAAAAAUGGCCAGAGAAAAGGCUUCGUCUAUGGAAAUACGUGUUAGUUAUCCAAAAAAUCUUUUAUUCGAUCCUCAUUUCUCCAGUCUAUACUCAGAUCUGAAGCUUGGUGAGGAAAACUUCUUCGAAAAGGUGUUGAAAGUGCGAAAGUGGUCAGCUGACAAUUCCUUAUCUUUGCGGUUAAAUCCUUCUCAGAGACAUGCGCUGGAGCUACGAAGAUUGUUCGAGGAAUACGCAAACGGAUCUUCUGCAAAGAUUAUUUACAACUAUGGGAAAAACAGAAUUGAAGUCCCAACAGGAAUUUUACAAAAAGCCUUUUUCAAAGGAAAUCGACCGCAGUCUUUAAAUUGGGGAGCAAUAGGUUCCCUGAUUGCCCAAGAAGUUACAAAUGCAUUCUACUAUGAAGGUCAGUAUUAUGAUAGCCGAGGUAACGGCGUCGAAUGGUGGAGGCCCGAAGUUACAGAAGAUUUUAAAAAUAAAGAAUCAUGUUUUCGUGAGCAGUAUCUUGAAUACCUUCAAAAUGACUAUGGAACAAAUUUAGAGGAAGAUUUAACUGAUCUACCACCACAAUAUGUAACUGCAACUGCUGGCCUCAAAGCGGCUUAUCUGACAUAUAAUUUUUCCAUGACAUCCCAAGAGAAUGAAUUCCUUCCGGGAUUGGUGUAUACGCCGAACCAGUUGUUCUGGAUAAGUGCAGCACAAGUGAUGUGCGAGAAUCCAUCAAAAGAAAAUGUGGAGGAACGCCUUCUCAAUAGAACAUAUGUGCCCGCGAAAUUUAAAGUCAUAGGAGCAGUGUCAAAUUUACCGCAGUUUGCCCAGGAUUUUAAUUGCCCAUCAGGUGCACCAAUGAAUCCAGAACGCAAAUGCAAACUUUGGUAGGCAAGCUUCCUGAAAAUACUACAGUUUUAAAUUCUAAAUUAAUAUAAUUGGUGAAAAUAUUACUAAUCUGCAAACACAUUACUUUCACAAAUGUACUGCAUGUAAAAUUUGUAAACAGUUUUACUAAACAAUUGCUUUCAUUUAAAUAAAAUAUUGAUCUGCAAAA